AUGGGGAAAAAACUGGAUCUCUCCAAACUAACUGACGAAGAGGCCAAGCACAUCUGGGAAGUCGUUCAGCGAGAUUUUGAUCUUAGAAGAAAAGAAGAAGAAAGGCUAGAGGGCUUGAAGGGUAAGAUGAAGAAGGAAAACUCCAAGAGGGAGCUGCUGUCGGACUCGGCCCACCUGAACGAGACCCACUGUGCGCACUGCCUGCAGCCCUACCGCCGCCUGGGGACCAGCAGGAGGCAGUGUGUGGACUGCGGCCUCUUCACCUGCAAGGACUGUGGCAGCACCCAUCCCACGGGGCAGGGCUGGCUAUGCGCCCCCUGCCGGCUGGCCAGGGUUGUGAAGGUCGGCUCACUGGAGUGGUACUACGAGCACGUGCGGGCCCGAUUCAAGCGGUUUGGAAGCGCCAAGGUGGUCCAGUCCCUCUCUGGGAGGCUACAGGCUGGAGCACAGCCUGCCACGCCUCCACUGGGCUCCUCUGUCCCCGAAGGGGCUGACGGUGCUUCUCGGGAGGCGGUUGCUGCGGCCACCUCUGCCAGCUCCCAGCUCGGCUGCUCUGCGUCUCCCUCUCUGUUCCACGUCUCUGAGGCGGACCAGCACGUGUCAGCCACAGAGCAGCUGCUAGGCCACCCGGAGAAUGCAGUCCUGCCUCUACUAUGGGCCCAGCGCCUUGUUGCGGGUGUGCCCACGGAGGCCGACCUGGAAGAGGCGACCCUGAGGAGAAAGCUGGAGGAGUUGACCAGCAACGUCAGUGACCAAGGCAGCUCGUCUGAGGAAGAGGCGGCUCAGGACUCGGCGGCAGAGUCGGACAGGAGCACCUCCAGCAGGGGACUCCCGGGGGCAACCCCAAAGGUGUGCACAACUGCAGGACUGACAGACAGAUGGGAGGCAGAGCUUCCGGGCCCCCAGGGCCACGUCCCGCCUGUCAGAAGCACAGAUGAGGAACUAUCGGAGCUGGAGGACAGAGUGGCCAUGACAGCCUCUGAAGUCCAACAGGCGGAGAGUGAGGUUUCCGACAUUGAGUCCAGGAUUGCGGCCCUGCAGGCUGCGGGGCUCACAGUGAAGCCCUCUGAAAAGCCCCGGAAGAAGUCCAACAUCCCAAUAUUCCUUCCUCGACUUGCUGGGAAAUCUAGCCAGAGCCCCAAGGAUCCAAAUCCAGACGCUUCAAGUGAGGUCAAGGUCAUGGCUGUGCCCUACCUUCUGAAGAGGAAGUUUCAUUACUCCCCUAAAAGUCCAGGCAGCGACGAGGACGCCUUUGACCGGCAGUCAGCGUACCGCGGGUCCCUGACACAGAGGAACCCCGGCGGCAGGAGGGGCAGACCCGACCACAUCUUUGCGAAGCCCGUGAUGGCCCACCGGUCCUAA